AUGACAUCUUCGACGGCGACCGAGGGACCAGGGGGUUCAGUCAGUGCUUCGCAGGCGACGACAGUACCUACAGAAACGUCGCCGCAGCUGCCCACAACCUCUUCGACUCCCUCUCCGUCAGACUCUCCCCUCCCUCCUGCCGCCGAAACCUCGUCUCUACCGCCGCCGGAACCUUCGCCUAGCGGUCUCGCCGACCUCCCCGUUGUCGAGAAGCUCCCCCUUACCGAGGUCCCGCCCGCUCCCGAAUUCCUCUCCUUCAACGAAUGGCGCGAGCGAUAUGCCGUUGCAGCCGAUCCUUCCGUCGCCAGGCGCGCGAAGAAGGCAGCCCAGCGGGCACGGCAGGACGUCGUAGGCGCUUCGGCAGCUGGGACGAAUGGCGCGGCGUACGACGGAGACGGUGCGGAUCUUGGGAGUCUCUUCGUUGGAGGCGACGAGGCAGGUCCGAAGGGCGGCGACAGGCUCGUCUUCCAGGACAUUGGCUCGGUAGCAGGCGUCCAAGUCGGCGCUAUCGAGGUGAUCGAGACUGACACCGUCGCCGCGCCGCCAACCUCCGACAUGGCGAAUCCGAUCCAGCCUCUACCAGACGUCGGGACAGGCGAACUGAAUGACCCGCUUCUCCUCCUGAAGGACCGGUCAAACUACGCCGCUCUCGAGUGCGCUGCUAUGGUGCAUCGAUCAUCUCGACAAUCGAAAGGAGCGUCAGCGAUCCUCGUCGAGAAGAAGGACCGAUACAUGCUCACGCCCUGCUCCGCCAACCCAAAGUUCGUCGACGUCGAGCUGUGCGACGAGAUCCAGAUCGACACGCUCGUCCUCGCCAACUUUGAGUUCUUCUCCAGCACGUUCAAGCACUUCAAGGCGAGCUGCAGCGUCGACUAUCCCGGCAAACCCGCAGACUGGCACGACCUGGGGACUUUCCGAGCCCGAAACGUUCGCGGCAUUCAGGUCUUCAAGCCCAUCCGCAACCCGCACUUCUGUCGCUACCUCCGCAUCGACUUCCUCUCGCACUUCGGGUCCGAGUUCUACUGUCCCGUCUCGCUCCUCCGCGUCUACGGCUACACCCAGCUCGACGCGUACCGAGAGUCGGAACGCAAGGCAAAGGCGAUCGAGGAGGCGCUUGCGGCGGCGGAGCUUAUCGAGGAGGAGGUUGCGCAGCACGAGCGGGUGCUCGAAGAUGCGUUGCGAGUCGAGGUCGACAAGCUUGAGCGGCUGGAAGACGCGGGCGCGAAGACUGUCAACGCGACUGUCGAGAUCACGCCGUCGUUUUCGCCCGUUCCGCCGAGCGUUGACCCUGGCUCGCCCUCUCCACCGCCCUCUCCAUCUGUAUCCCUGUCUAGCCACGACUCGACACCGUCCCAAACGGUGACGCCACCUCCCAGCGUCGCCACGAGCCAGCCUCCCCCUGCGGCAACUGUCAACGAAUCUCAGCCCUCUUCCGGCCUCUCCGGCACAACGGCUGCGCCAACUGCGACAUCUACGCCUAUCGAGUCAGACACCCACACAACGAGCUCUGCGACUCCAUCCUCUACCUCCGCCCCGGCCAGCGACGAGUUCGACACAGGACCCACGAGCGCGACUGUCGAUGUUGCCGAGCCGGAAUUCUCCAGCAGCACGGGCACCAGCUUUGCGACGGGCUCCGAGUUGAUUUCGUCAUCGACUACAGCGAUGACAUCCGUUGCGGCGUCGUCCGGUUCCUCGAUCAGCUCGUCCGCCGACGUCCCGACAUCGAGUAACGUGUCUGCGCUGAGCGCGACACCUAAUACCUCAACCGGCCGUCCAAGCACACCAACCGAUAUCCCUGUCGUCGUCUCCCGCUCUCCUCCCGCCCCACGCAACGAUACUCAGCCAGCGAUUCAGCAGCAUGUCCCGCUUCCGCCUCCGCCGCGUCCGCCGGUCAUUCAGCCGACGCAGCCGGGCGAGUCCAUCUACGGCACGAUCAUGAAGCGCUUGACGAGUCUCGAGCACAAUCAGACGCUCGCAAUGCACUUUAUCGAGGCGCAGAGCAGCAUGCUCCGCGAGGCUUUCGCUCGGAUCGAGAGGCGACUGACGGAUAUCGAGGGCUCGCGUGGGCGGCAAGAGCAGAGCAUCCGCCAGGCUUUGCUGGAUCUCGAGAAGCAGCGUGGCGAGCUCGAGCGAGAACGUCUAGCACUGUCUACCCAAGUCAGCAUGCUUACGCAAGAGGUCCGCCUCGAAAAGCGACUCACCGUUGCGCAGCUCAUCGGGCUCCUUCUCCUCGUCAUCUUUGUCGGCUUCACUCGCGGCAUUCCUACGUCGCCCUUCUUACACCUCGCCUCAACGCAUCUUGACGCGAAGCGGGAGAUGAAGCGCACCCAGGCGGAUCUGCUGGCGGAUAGGCUUGGUCAAGCCGCUGGUUCCCGACUGCAGACGGAAGCUGGCGAAGAAGAUGCUCCGGCAGCAACUCGCCGAGGGCACCGCAUCUCGCCUUCCGUCUCGCUCUCCCGCUACAACGGCUCAUCGAGCGCUUUUAAGCGGUACCCGUCCAUCUCGAAGGCCGGUCCUCGACGACACUACGGCAUCGGCUCGUCGAAGACGUCGAACGGCAAAGGCGACUCGAGCCGCGCGCGACCGUGGUCUCCGCCUACUCGGCAUGCGUCUGCGCCGCCUGAAGAACCGCCUGCGCUGAUGCUCGAUGGCAAGGCGGCGAAGCGGAGACGACCGCUUGCGGAUCUUGCCGGCUCGGACGGACACGCUUUCGAGUUCCCCGCCCGGUCUUUGUCGACGCAGCCGGGCUCGACUGGCGUCGCUGCAUCGGUAGCGACCGGCGCAGCUUCCUCGUCCGCCUCGCUUUCGCCCAUUCCCUUCCCUUCGACAUCCUCCUCAUCUCCCGUCCGGACGUCCCACCCUUCCGCCGCACCUCAACCGCAACUCGACCUGCCCUUCAAUCUUGGUUACCUCUCGACCACCCUUGGCCCGACCGCAGAUCGCAGCGACUCUGCGUUCUCGCCAACCUCGACGAACGGCUUUGUCGGCGACGACGAGCGCGACGAGGGCGGCUACCAUACCUACAGCAGCGACGAGGACGCCCUCGCCUCGGUCUUCCCUUCUCGCACGCCUUCACGAGACCGGCUGCGGGCAGCGGCGCUUGCCUCCUCGUCGCCGUCGAGUCCAGGAACGACAGCGAGUCCUCGAAUCCGCCCGCCUAAACCGCAGGUCCCGCUUCGUCCGGCUACCUCGAUGGGCUUUCGCGACGAGCGUGCGAUGCAGAAGGAGAAGUCGAGGCGGACGUCGCGAGGACCUGAUGCGAAGCAGGCGGCAAACGGCGACGACCUCCCUUCCCUCGGCCCGGCGCCGAUAAUCUCUACGCCUUCUCCACCUCCUGAGACGGUCACGUCUUCUUCUACUGUACAGCAGCACAAGCGGUCGGAUACCCUCGCCUAA